AUGAAAUAAGACUCUUUGGCAGUAAGUGUAUUAGUUUUUGAUUAGGAAGAAUUACCAAAUAAAGAAUCCAAUAGGUCGUGGAGCAGGUAGUUUUGUAUGUAAAAUUGUGAACCGUUAAAGUAAAAUUGAGAUGGCUGCAAAGAUCAUAUAAAAAACAUAAUCGAAUGCAUAGAAAAUAUAAAAUGAAGUUGAUAUUCAUUUAGAAUUACGACAUAAGAAUAUAGUGCAUCUAAUAGAUAUUUUAGAAGAUGCAGAUAAUAGUUAUCUAAUAAUGGAAUUAUGUGAUUCAGAUAUUUAUUAAUUGAUAAAAAAAGAACAAUUUUCUGAAUAAUAAAUACGAUACUAUGGUAAAUAAUUAGCAGAAGGAUUAUAAUAUUUACAUACUCAUAACAUAAUACAUAGAGAUAUUAAAUUAGGAAAUUUAUUAAUCCAGAAUAAUAUUCUAAAAAUAGCUGAUUUUGGAUUAGCUGUAAAAUUAAAUAAUGAUGAAGAAGAGAGAAGUACUUUAUGUGGAACUCCAAAUUAUAUUAGUCCUGAAAUCUUAAAUUAAUAACCAUAUGGUAAAAAAGUAGAUUUGUGGAGUAUGGGAUGUUGUUUAUAUGCAAUGGCUACAGGACAUGGACCAUUUGAAGAAAAAAAUACUCCAUUAGGAGAAGUUUUAAGAAGAGUUAAAGUAGGUGAUUUUGAUUUGCCUAAUAAUUUUACAGAAGUAUUUAAAGAUUUACUUAUUAAUCUACUAAAUUUGGAUGCUGAUUAAAGAUAUUCUAUUGAAAAGAUUAUUAAACAUCCAUUUUUUAUUGAAUCAAUACCACCUAGAAUUUAGAGUAGAAAUUAAUCAAGUUCAUAAAUUAAAUAACUUCUUGAUUUAAGUCCAUUUGUUAAAUAAUAACAUAGAUCUACAUGUUCUAUGAUUGGAUUAGAAAAAUAAUAGAUUGUAGCUUCAUUUUUAUAAAAAUAAUAAUAAUUAGGUGGUAAGAAAUUAUUAUUUGGUUUAACUACUAAUUGUAAAGGUGGAUUAAAAUAAAAUUAUCAUCUAGAUAAUGUUCCUAGAUUCUUUUUACCUUAAGAAUCUCAUUCUAAUAAUACUAGUUGUAAUCAUCAUAAUAAAGAAAACAUUCAAAAGGAUAAUUGUAAUAAAGAAAAUAUUAGAGAUAAUAGUGUUAAAUUAAUAAAAUAAAAAUAAUCUAAUAUUAAUAUUUAUAAUGAAUCACCUAUUAAAUUAGAAGAUUUAAAAUCAUGUAAAUUAUAAACCAAAAAUGGUUUAUUAUAAAUUCAUGAAGAUGGUAGAUUUGAAAUGGAUGUAUGUAAUAAAGAUUUAAAUUUUAUUAUUUAAACAAAUGGAUUAGAAGUAUUUUAUAUUUCAAUAAUUAGAUUUUAGUUUAAAAGAAAGGAUAAAAACCAAAAUAAUAUUUAUUAAAUGAAUUACCAUAAAAAUUGUAGAAAUUUUAUACAUAUUCUAAAUAAGUAUGUAAUGCUAUUAGAGAAAGAAAUCAAAAACACAGGAUAAACAAUGAACAUGGAAAUUUCGCUCUGAAAAAUACAAAAUUAGGUUAAUGUUAUGAAGGAUACAUAGCUUAGUCUAAAAUUAAAGUAUAAUUAAUAAUUAUAUGAUUAGAUUUAACAUAUCUUAAAUUCAGAUACAAUAAAACUAUAAUUAUAAAAUGGUUCUUUGAAAUCUAUCAAUAUUAAUGAAUUUUAAUAAUUAUCAACUUAAGCAAGAAUGGAUCCUAGUGAAGUUUAUUCAAUAAAAAUAGCCCUCAAGUAUUUACCUCAAUGUUAAUAAUGA